AUGGCCCGCAAUCCCUCCCUCAUCAGCCGCUCCAAGAUCGCCGCCGAGACGUUCGCGGAGGUCAUCAACGGCUUCGUCGACAUGAUUUCCUGGGAGACCAUGCUGUUCAUAUUCCUGUCGAUUGGCGCGGGGAUCUACGCGACUAAUAUGGCGAUGAACAACUACAAGGCCAAGUGGGAGUCCGUCUACAACCACCCCAAGCCCCCCUCCGCGUGGGCCCCCCGUCUGACGCCGCGCAAGAAGGCCGGCGCGGACCAGGCCGACACUCAGGCCGUCGACCCGAUCACCGUCUUCGCCCGGAACCAGGAAAAAUAA